UGUACUUUUAGCAAGGAUUCUAAAACAUAAAUCCUCGUCACUGUGUUUUCAAGGAGAGCGAGUUUUCCUUACAAGCGUUGUUAUGUGUUUGAAAGAGUUGCAGUGGUUUAUGUGAAUUUCGAUUGACGUUUUUCUCAGCAGCUGAUUUGUGUUGCAACACAUAAACAAAGAAACGCGUCGAAAGAAUUGGAGUUUGCAGUGGCUUGGAUGGGAUUCUAUUUGGACAGUAGAAGCAAUUGUCUAAUAUUGGUGUUUACUAAUGAAAUUCAUAGCGUCUGUUUGUUGAUAAUUGCUGUCUUGUAGAAGUCAUGGAAGCUGCAGAUGAUUCUGAUCAAAAUACCUCCGCUGGGUCAUCGAGCAUGUUUGAGGAAGAACCCGAAAGAUUACAGACGUUACCACUAGCAGUGCAAUCAGAAGAUUCUAAUUCAAACACUGAGCAGGGUGAUCAAGAUGCGAUUUACCAGCCAGCGUAUCCAGGGUCAGAACCACCUGUAGAUUUGGGUCAAGAACAAGCCGCCAUGGUAUUCGAACAGCCAACAAUCAAUAUGGAAAUCGAUCUUCGACGGAUCCAGCAACCAGGUUUUCUCUCGCCCGUGAUUAUACUGAAUAACAAUUUAAUAGUUGACCCAGUUCCGGAAGCGCAGGCAACGGUUGAAGUUAUUGAUGAUGACCAAGGUGGAGGAAGUGAUGGCAGUGGAGAUAGAGUAGAUGGUGAGCUUGCGAGUACACCAAGGGCAAUUAUGGCUGCUACAAUGGACGGACCCAUAGUUUUGAUCGAAGACACGUUGCGGUCAGAACACAGAUCAGAUGGCCUAGCUGGACCAUCUGCUGUACGAAUCGUUGGGGACUCUCCAAGAAAUAGAAAACGUCGACGGACCAACACUCCUUCGAAGACAACACCACCUCCAACUAGUGUAACCGCUCCGCAGUACGACGACGAUGACGACGGAACCAUUUGCUCGAUUUGCCUGGAUAGCUGGACUCUAACUGGUGAGCAUCGGCUAGUGUCGCUUAAAUGUGGUCACCUUUUUGGUUAUAUGUGUAUCAAACGUUGGUUGCACGACAAUCCAAUGCAAAGCCGCAGUUGUGCGACUUGCAAAACCAAAGCCCAUCUGCGCGAUAUUCGGCAUUUGUACGCAAAAGCAGUGAAAGCCGUGGAUAAUUCAGAGGAACUUCGGUUAAGGCAGCAAGUCGACGAAGAGAAACUCAAGGUGAGUAAGCUGGCUGGUGAAUUGCAAGUUGCGCGGAUGGAACUAGAGGUGCAACGAACUGUGGCAAGUGAGCUUCGGGCUAAAUUGAAACUUUGUGAACAACGAGGUGUUGGAGAUCUUCGCUCUAGUGUUUCUCUGAUGGGCGAAAUCGGCGUCGGCGGAAAGUCGUUUCGAAAUUAUAAAAUGGCACUGGAUAAAACCAUUGAUUUGUGCCGAGAUCCAGGCUGUCGCGUUAUGGUUUAUGGAAGCAAACGGCAACAUCUCCUAGUUUCACAAAAAUCUACUCAGAACCUUUUCCCCGGAUAUUCGAUAAAAUUUAUCGACAUUCCAGCAUUCCAGUAUUCAUCGGUACUGCACGUUUCUAGUAGAAUGAUACGCGAUAUUAGUAUAGAUGUUGAAGACGAGUUGUUUACAGCAGCUACGAGCGAGCGCUGGGUGAAACUGUUCUCAUUCAACAACCGAUCUGUAAUUACCUUCACUCCUUCUGAUGCAAAUGUGUGGUCAUGUGCCUUUGAUCGAGAACGGAGCAAGUUCCUUUAUCUGGGCACACAAUCGGGAAUAGUAUAUGUUUACGAUAUUCGUAAUAACAACCAGUAUGUAGAAGAAUUUCGAACCGAGGGUGACUGUUCGCCAAUUAUCAAUAUAUGCCCAGUUUCACCAACAAGUUCGAUUCCGUUUGGUGGGUUUCUAGUGUGCAAACUUACAUCUUGUUGGUUUUUCGAAUAUACUGCUGCUCAACGGGUUGAAUCAAUUCGUUUGAAUGUAGACGGACCAUUUACCGCGAUGAAUUAUUGUGAAAAGACUGGUUAUAUAAUGAUAACAACUCGGCCCAGCAGCCGUCAUCCAAGGGCUCGCUAUAUUAUCGCUAGCCUAGUGAAAUUGGAAUCGAUUUGCGCUUUGCACAUUGUUCAAGUUAUUACAGGAUCUGUUGUUGAGCCGAACAUGAUUCGCAGCGCGCAAGUGAGCCUGGAGGAUAAUAACACGCUCGUAGCGGCCUAUUUGCAGGAUGACCGUCAACUAGCUACAUGGAGCACUGCAUGCGGUAAAGGAAAUCAACGCCUACAGAGUUUGCCAGUUUCCGACGUGCUCUGGGAUCUAUGUCCAAUUUAUGCGUGUACUCAGACCUUCUUAGCCGCACUCAGUGACAGCAAAUGUCGUGUUUAUAGGGCCUAUUCAGAGUAGCGUACAGUACAAGUGUUAAAACGUGUUGUUGAGUUUUUGUGCUCGAACGAAAAUUUACAGCUAAGAAAUAGAAUUGCAAACAUUUUCCGUUUUGUUUGUCCAAAUAUAUAGUUUCCAAAGGUAUCAUAACGAAAAACCAUGUUGCUAGGUUAGUUGAGUGAGAACGGUUUUUUUGAACUACAGCCUUGGUACAAAUAAAGCCAUACAGAUAUGA